AUGACGGUCGUAAUUGUGCAGUCCCGACGGGUUGGUGUGUUCGUCUUGGGCACAGCCUUGGCUCUAAUUAUUGCGGCUCUGGCUACCGAUGGUUGGUCUUGCGGAAACCUGUAUCAAGAUUGUAAAUACAAUCGGGACAUGGUCUUGACUGUAUUCGGACUUCUUGUCGGUGGCGCUGCGUGUAUUCUGAUCGUGUUCAUGCUUGAUCUAGUCGCCUACUGCUCUCAGGAGACAAUCGUUCGACAGAGUUACCUGAUUACACGACUCGUGUUGCUUUACUUGGGUACAGCGGCCCUGAUGAUUGCAGUGAUACUGUACCUGAUCAAAUUCAAUCGUGAGUGGUCAUUUUUCUUGGCCGUCUGUGGUGCUGUGUUGGCCUCACAUGUGGGUAUCUCCACUCUCAUGGUUUCCUCGUGUACCAAUGGUCAAUGCACAUGUUGA